GGGACUGCUCUUGCUCACUAGCUAAUCUCAUUCACAGCUUCAAAUUUACCAUCGUGAGUUUCAGUUCAGGCAAUUAUCCAGUUUCUAGAACCUCUCUUCAACCCUCUCUGGUCAGCUUCUGUCCGUAAGCUUGUAUUCGUGCAGCGUAGCGAGUCUCAAGAGGUUUUCUCCUCGACGCCGUCGGUCCACCAUGGCGACUUGCACGCUAAACCCUGUCGAUAUCAUCGAGCGUGCCAAGGCUGCGCGUAAGCGCAGGCUUCAGGAGCUCUACGUCACGGGAAGUAGGACGAGGCACGCAACGAGCUCCCGUCUCGAUGGGUCUCGUUUCGCGGAAACCGAAGAGGGUUCAGGCGAUAGCUGGGAUGAGUCAAUUUCAGCCGACCCUUCCUCGGCCACGCCUCCCCCAGUCGGACCUUCCGUUCCUGACGAGUUUCAUGGAAGCUGGGAACGCACCGAAGCGGCUGUAAAUAAACGAGCGAGAGUUUCGGUCAAGGUGUCGACUGGCUCGGCUGCAGGGCCAGCUCCCGCGUUCGAGUCGGGAGAGUCCAGUGCGGGAUGUUCCGGACACAAACGGUCACAGCUGCUACCCAUGUUCUCACAGGCGGCUGCGAGCUUGGGGUUCGGCCCGUCCGACCUGCUGACGGCCGUUAUGCUGCACGACGCGUGUCAAUUGCGCUGCCGGCUCGGCGGAGCGUGCUGCCACCGCGACACGGUGCAGCGGCACGUGCUCGCCCUCACGUGCCUCUUCGUCGCCCACAAAGCCAAGGCUGCCCGCACAGCCACCAAUUCCCUCAGUUCGGACGCCUUCUGCCAGACGUUGGCGUGUCUAGAGGGUUUAUCGGCGGUCAAGGGGUGCAUGUUGGAGCGACAGCUCGACUGGGUAUCUCGCCUCUUCCCGUCGCUGCAUUUGCCGGCAUCGGGAAACAUGUUCACACUUAACCUCGACAUCGCCUUACGUCUUCUGCGCAAUCUCUGGUCGUUGCUCAUCCGAGAUGGAAACUCGGCGUCGCAAGCUCGUUACCUCGCAGCCUUUGUGCUUCAGCUCAGGACGACGGCUUUCGGCCGCGCGAACGUUCCCCCUAGUAUCGUAGCUGCCGCUGCCGACGUGGCCGUUCGCGGAGUGAAAUCAACUAGGAAGCAGGAUCUGCUUCGCGCUUUCGCCCUGAUGUCGUCAGCGUCGCGAAAGCCACACCAUACUUCAGUUAAAGUCCCUCUCGCCAGGCGCGUUGUUGCUCUGCCUGCUGACUCGGAAGCGUCUGCGGCUGCCAUGGCUGCUGCAGCAGGCGUCCUCACUGACCUCGCUAACUCCCCAACAACCACUGCUGUCGCAGCGCGGUCACUUGAUAUCUAACCUAGCUCCCCACACUCCGGCCGUUUUUACUCAGUGCCGUCUGCCCUUCAGUUCCGCGGUUUCAAGGUUCAACUGCGGGUUCUGAUUCGCCACGUCAUAGCAUGCGACCCCUGCAGAGCGUGCCAUGACAUCCGUUUCGCCAUGCCAUGCCAUCUCUCUGCACGAGCCUGCUAUGCUACCUCCCAUACCAUGCCAUACCACAGGAGGCCACUGACCAGGUGGCUCGCAUUACUGGUCCUGGCAGGCCGGCCCAGCCACUGGUCCACUGGUCCUGGCCCAUACGCACUGGCUAUCUCGUCGACUAACCCAUCCACGAGCGAAAUUGGCCGCAGCAGAAUCGCCUUCUCUCCGCUUGCGUGUGAGCCUUCAGCAGCAAACUUAGCAGCCGGACUCGCCUUCAGCAGCAGCGUUUGUGUUUCGUUUGGUUUGAAGCCGACCCCCAAGCAUGCCAGCCCUCCUGUACACUCAAGAUCAGCAGCAGUCUCCAGGGAUGUUACAUCGUCCUUUUUGUUUGUGCUGUGUGCAGCUGUACAUAACCAUGAGUUGAUCUGUUUCUAGGUUUUAGGUGUUAUUUUCCAAUGUACAGCUUUUAUUAUGAAAUGAAUGGUUUUGAAGAAA